UAGAGGGAGAGAGCAGCGUUCUCUCGCUCUCCUAUCCUCCCCUCCCCUCCGGGCCAUCCCACCCCCAUGGCCUCCUUCCCCUCCCCCUCCGUCGUCGCCGCGGCAGCGGCCGCGCCCCCGCGCCUCGCCCCGGGCCUCUCCCUCUCCGCCGCCGCGGUGCACCACUCCUCCCACGCCUUCCGCCCGCGCGCCUCCCUCGCCCUGCGCCCCUCCGCCACCGCCGCGCCGGCCAACCCCCUCCGCUGCUCGCACCGCCGCGCCGUCACGCCCAGGUCGAGGAGGCGGACGCAAGGGCUCGGCGCGGCGUCAGCGUCGGCCGCUGGGAUUCUCGGCGAGGAGAGGGACGGGUGCCUCUCGUGCUUCCCGAGGAGCCGGAGGCGGGGGCGGCCGGGGCUCGCCAGGUUCGCGCCCUGCGCGCUCCCGCACACCUCGGGCUUAUCGCUGCACAGCCAGUGGAGCGGGCCUAAGACCAGGCGUAGUCAUAUAUUACGUGCUGCUGGACCUGACGAACCACAUGUUGCAAGUCCAACAUGGUCUGAGACGGCUCUUGAUAAACCUUAUGAUCCCACGAUUACAAACGGGGCGCUUGAAGAUGUCCUGGACACUCCUCUUCCGUCCCAUCCAAAGCUAAUACGUGGUCAAUUGAAGAAUGGCCUCAGAUAUCUUAUUUUACCUAAUAAAGUUCCAGCGGACAGGUUUGAGGCUCACAUGGAAGUUCAUGUCGGAUCAAUUGACGAGGAAGAGGACGAGCAGGGAAUUGCACAUAUGAUCGAGCAUGUUGCAUUUCUUGGGAGUAAAAAGCGUGAGAAACUCUUGGGGACAGGUGCAAGGUCUAAUGCAUAUACAGACUUCCACCAUACAGUCUUCCAUAUCCAUUCUCCAACUAAAACAAAGGAAUAUGGUGAAUCCUUACUCCCUUCUGUGUUGGAUGCUUUGAAUGAGAUAGCUUUUCAUCCUAAGUUCUCAUCGUCUCGCGUUGAGAAAGAGAGAAGAGCAAUUCUUUCAGAGCUCCAGAUGAUGAACACAAUCGAAUACCGUGUUGAUUGCCAGUUGUUGCAACAUUUACACUCCGAAAACAAAUUGAGCAACAGAUUUCCUAUUGGACUUGAGGAGCAAAUACUUAAAUGGGAUCCUGAUAAGAUCCGCAGAUUCCAUGAGCGAUGGUAUUACCCUGCCAAUGCCACUUUAUACCUGGUAGGAGAAAUUGAUGAUAUUCCCAGAGCAGUGCGGGAGAUAGAGGCUGUGUUCGAACAUACACUUUCAGGAAACGAAGCAGCCCCUAUGUCGUCUGGAAGUCCGUUUGGUGCUAUGGCAAGCCUCUUUGCACCAAAGCUACCAGGUGGCUUGGCCGCAAGCCUAACUGGUGAAAGAUCACCUGCCACAGAUAAACUAAAACCUAUAAAAAGGGAAAGACAGGCAGUCAGACCUCCUGUAGAGCAUAAAUGGUCUCUUCCUGAGGUUGAUCAGGCUGCCAAGCCUCCAGUGAUUUUUCAACAUGAGUUGAUUCAGAGCUUCUCUAUUAACAUGUUCUGCAAGAUACCCGUCAACCAAGUUCGUACAUACAAAGACCUGCGCAGUGUACUGAUGAAACGGAUAUUUUUAUCUGCUCUGCACUUCCGAAUAAAUACACGAUACAAGAGCUCAAAUCCUCCCUUUACAUCAGUUGAGUUGGAUCACAGUGACUCAGGAAGGGAAGGAUGCACUGUCACUACUCUAACAGUAACAGCUGAACCCCAAAAUUGGAAGAGUGCCAUCAAAGUUGCUGUUCAUGAGGUUCGGAGACUCAAGGAGUUUGGUGUCACAAUGGGAGAAAUGACCCGUUAUAUGGAUGCACUGAUAAAAGAUAGUGAGCAGCUGGCUAUGAUGAUUGAUAGUGUGCCCUCAGUUGAUAACUUGGACUUCAUUAUGGAGAGUGAUGCACUUGGCCAUACAGUCAUGGAUCAGUUGCAGGGACAUGAUAGUUUGCUUGGGGUUGCCGAAACUGUCACACUUGAAGAGGUUAACACCGUUGGUGCAGAAGUACUUGAAUUUAUUUCGGACUUUGGGAAGCCCAGUGCACCACUUCCUGCUGCUAUUGUGGCGUGUGUACCUAAAAAGGUCCAUAUCGAUGGAGUAGGUGAAAGUAGUUUUGAGAUAUGCCCAGAAGAAAUAACCGAGUCCAUGAAGGCAGGUCUUGAAGAACCCAUUUACCCAGAGCCUGAGCUUGAGGUGCCAAAAGAGUUGAUUACUCAAUCAGAACUUGAAGACUUGAAAGUGCAACACCGACCAUCAUUUGUUCCUUUCAAAGAGGAUGAUGUGGUGAAAGUAUUUGACAAUGAAACCGGUAUAACACAACGUCGCCUUUCUAAUGGAAUUUCCGUCAACUACAAGAUCACACAAAAUGAGGCAAGGGUUGGUGUCAUGCGGCUGAUAGUAGGUGGCGGGAGAGCCACCGAAGAUUCUGAAUCGAAGGGAUCUGUUAUCGUUGGUGUUCGUACUUUGAGUGAAGGUGGCUGUGUUGGUAACUUUUCGAGGGAACAGGUUGAACUUUUCUGUGUGAAUAAUCUUAUAAACUGCUCGCUGGAAUCCAAUGAGGAGUUCAUAUUUAUGGAAUUUAGGUUUGCUUUGAGAGAUAAUGGCAUGCGUGCUGCUUUCCAGCUCCUCCAUAUGGUCCUUGAGCAUAAUGUGUGGCUAGAAGAUGCAUUCGAUAGAGCUGCUCAACUAUAUUUGUCUUACUACCGGUCUAUUCCCAAAAGUUUGGAACGUGCCACGGCUCACAAACUUAUGGUAGCCAUGUUGAACCAUGAUGAAAGGUUUGUAGAACCAUCACCACAUUCAUUGGAGAAGUUGACUCUUCAAUCAGUUAAAGAAGCUGUCAUGAACCAGUUUGUGGGUAGCAACAUGGAGGUCAGUGUAGUUGGUGAUUUCACAGAACAAGAGGUAGAAUCUUGUGUUCUUGAUUAUCUUGGGACUGUAAGCGCUGCAAAAUCUUCAAACAAAGAGGAACAUAUUGAGAAGAUUUCCUUCCUGCCAUCCCCAUCGGAUCUGCAUUUCCAGCAAGUAUACAUAAAGGAUACAGAUGAGAGAGCUUGUGCAUACAUUGCAGGCCCGGCACCUAACCGAUGGGGGUUUGCUACUGAAGGAAAAGAUCUCUUCAAUGACAUUCGAAGUUCCAGCGCAGAUGCAGAAAUCUCUGCACCGGCUAACUCGGGGAAGACACAUAUUAACGUUCGCAACCAUCCUCUUUUCUUUGGCAUCGCUUUGAGUUUGCUGGCUGAAAUUAUAAAUUCCAGGCUAUUUACAACAGUGCGAGAUUCAAUGGGAUUAACCUACGAUGUUUCUUUUGAAUUAAAUCUUUUUGACAAACUGGAUCUUGGUUGGUAUGUGAUCGCGGUAACUUCAACUCCGAGCAAGGUCCAUAAGGCUGUUGAUGCGUGCAAAGGUGUUCUCAGAGGUUUACAUCACAAUAAAAUUGUUGAAAGGGAGCUGGAUCGGGCAAAGAGGACACUGCUGAUGAAACAUGAGGCAGAGACAAAAACAAAUGCCUAUUGGCUUGGUUUGCUAGCCCAUCUGCAGUCUGCAUCCGUGCCGAGAAAGGAUAUAUCCUGUAUUAAGGAAUUGACAACAUUGUAUGAAAGUGCCACAAUUGAGGACUUGUAUCUUGCAUAUGAGCACUUGAAAGUUGACGAUUCAUCUUUAUUUGCCUGCAUCGGGAUUGCUGGUGCUGAAUCUGGUGAAGAAGUGAACGAUGAUGAGCCUGAGUUGGGGCUUCCUGGUAUGGUUCCCAUGGGAGGUCGGGGUCUAUCUACUAUGACCAGACCAACCACAUGAUCUCUACACAUUUUCACGCCCCAACUUUCUCAAGGUAUCAAGUAUCAACCUAGCUCCUGAAGAGGGGAUCUGCAUUGCCAUGUGGAGACUAGACUGAUGGCAGUCGUUUGCUAGCGGGUAAUGUCCACCCACUGGUUUGAUUGGAUCAGGCCGAUAGUUAUUCAAUGCACAUUGCAACAGAAAGCGUUGGUUGUUGCAUUUUGUCCGAGAAACAUUGAGUUGAUUGUUGGCAAGGUCUUGAAAGGUUUACUUGGCAGGCCAUGCCCACAUGUAUAGCGGUGAACGAUUUGAUUCUUGCAGGUUCCUCGGUUGUUGUAACUUGUAACUAGGAUUCUUCAGGUCAUUGCAGAAGAUAUAGGAUGACAGUAGAGAAUCAAUCACUCCCAAGACACUGUGCAACGGCUAAGUAGCACAGGUCAUUGUAACACAAUAACGGUGAAAUAAUAAAUAGCAUAGGCUCGUGUAAGUUUUUACUACUGUUAUUUCUUCUCACAGUUGUAAUACUUGAGGUAUUUAUAAUGAGAAAGAUACAGAGUUUUGGUUAUA